AUGGCUGAGGAGACUCGAAAUGACGAGUCCUUCGACGACGACGACGCUGCUGAUGCUACGCUGCGGAAGAGGCUUUCAGCCGCCUUUGAAGAGGUGGCCACACCCUCGCCUGGACGAUCCACGACCACCCCUCCAACCCGCCACGCGCAGUUUCCGAAGUUCACCCCGAGCGCAGAGAAGCCCACUCGGCCAAAGGCAAACCCCCCUCCAGAGUCGGAGAUCUUGAAACUUCAGCUGCAGCAAAUGCAGGCCCAGCCGAAAGCUGCCGCAGCUCCGAAGAGCACUCCUAAGAAAAAGGCAAGCCCCGCGAAGGCCACUGCAAAGCAGCAGGGAAAGGAAGCAAAUGCCGAUGAUGAGGGCAGCGCGACAAUCGUCACUCCGGACGGGACCCCUGUGAUCUCACAGGAUGCGCUCCGCAUGAGGUUGAAGAGGUUAUGUGAGAAGAAGAAGACGGGACGUUGUUGGGUCCCGGCUUCCAUCCGCGAAGAGUUCGAGUCUGGCGGUGAAUAUCGCGAGGUGUUAGAACUGGCGCUGCUAGAAUCUAUCAAACAAUUGGGCGAAGAGGAGAGCAAGAACCACGGCAAGAUGAAGGCCACUUUCUUGAUGCGGGUCACGCACGUCAAAGAAAGGAUGGUGGCCAAAGAGCAAGAGAUAACGGGCCGCUGGCUGACACAGGAACGCAUGAAGACCGAGCUCAAGUCGGACAUACUUCAGGUGAUUGAGUACUGCAAGCGAUUUCCGAACACGCUCAUUCGUCCUUGGAAGUAUAACACUGCCGUCAGUGAGUACUUCGUGGAGACGGAGGAGACAUCGAAGAUACGACGUUCCGAUUUGGACAAGCAAAUCCGUGCUAGCGAGGAGGCCGGCGACUCGACCGGGCACCUCGCGCUCCGGGACUUGGACGCUCCUCUCGGCCUGGGCAUGGAGGGCGAGGGCGGUGCUGCGCCAGAGCAGUCGGCAAGUGGUGACGUUGUCAAGGUGUGUUUGCCGGUCAAAUCCGAGAUCAAGCGCUACCUCACGCAGGUUAGUGGUAAAAUCGAUUCCAUUGUCAAGAUGCUUCAAGACGAGUUUAAGGCCAUGAGGAAGGAGCUCGAGGUGCAACACGGCAAGCUUGCUUGCCUAGCCGGGUCUUUGGAGAUGGAGGAUGUGGAUGACACGGGGCUCCAAAAGGCAAAGCUGGACUUCGUUGCUCUGCGGGAGGCUGCUGUUGCAGACGCAGAAGCGUCCGUGACCCCGCAAAGGGCCAAGGCGAAGGCGAGAUGUUGCACGUUGGUGGCAGAGCCUCUCAAAGAGAUACCGGAGGCUUCAUUUGAUCAUCCAAUGAUUCGAGCUACUGACUUCAUACAUUUCAUCGAUGAGCAAAACUUCUGGACCAGGCUUUUCGGGCAAAGCAGCUUUUCUGUCGGUUGCCAAAUGAUGGCCGAUUUCUGGGCUCGCUACAGAAUCAUCUUCCCGGACUACGAGCUUUUUCAGAGAUCAGAUCGUAAUGAGGUUGACUUAAGCCGGUGCCUGCCAUGCCUCAUUCAUGGCGACGAAGGUACAUAUUUCAAGCGGUCUGGGAUAAUGAUAAUGCAGUGGCAAAGCGUAUUUGGAAAGGGUACGAGCUUGCUGGGCCGGGAAGCCUUUGCUGAUCGCUUGGUUGGCGAAAGCAACGCAAAAGCUUUUGUUAAUCAACGAGGAGUUACUCUCACAACCCGUUUUCUUCUGGGUGUUCUCCCUAAGGACCUGCCUGCUGAGGACUACGCCCAGACCCCGGAGGUGCUGGACCAGUUCUUUGCACAUAUCGUCGACGCUUCGGCCGGAAAGCUCCAGCGCACCUUCCGCCAGGGUCCCAAGGCGGCCUCAUCUUCAAAGCCGGGCAAGGGCUUGUGUCAUUAUUGUUUGGCAGGAAGGGAAGGAUAUGACUGGGAAGAUAUGAUUUUCAGCUGCACUUUCAUGUCGAAGCUUUUUUGA